CGUAAUGUCUGACAGCGAAUUUAGCGAUAGUGACGGGUCCCUGUCACUAAGCGGUGAAGAUGAGCUCAUCGGCGCCGACCGAUUGAAUUACGUGGACGUCGAUGAUCCUUUCGCUGCUGACCCUUUACCACAACAACGUGGUCAGCCAGUGGAAGUAGUGGAUGAUUCGGAACCGACUGACUUCGGGUGUGUGUGCGGCCACUGCUCGCCGCAGGAGGCUGACGAGUAUAUAUGCUGCAUGACUGUCGGCAGGGUAGCAGCAGUUGCUGUUGACUCCGGUGUACGUUGCAUCACCCAACAUGUGCUGUUCCCUGAUUUCUGCACACGUCGGGAACUGUUGAUCGUCAACGGCGCUCCGUAUCGGCGACACAGCCGUCAGCUACGGCCGCUGGAUCCUAACGAUAACAGGUGCAUCAGAUAUGCAGCAUAUGCAUGUUUUACAAACUGGAUCUGGGGAUAUCUUGGUCCAAGGAAUAGGCGCCAGAUACCAGGAUGUGUUGUCCGCACAAUCCGGAGCCUGUUCCCAUCAGUCACGUACACAGGCUACUUCCCCUGAAAGGGCUUGUGCACUUCGUCAUAAGCAUCACGACUUGAAUGGUCUUCUGAACGUAGCUGCCACCCAGUGUCCUUGUCAUUGAACCUGGAGCAAAUGACAAACAUAAGGACAAGCUGAUCUACGUCAAAGUCUGCAAAUAUCCUUGGCCUUUGGCAAAAAGGCCCUUCUCAGGGCCACCCCACAUGUCUGCAUCAGAGACCAUGCCUCUGCAUAGAAUAAGCCCUUAUCGUCAUUCAUGAUGAUGAUAUUUAUUAAUUAUAUUAAAUAUUAUUCAUUAAUUUACGUGCAUUCCUGAAAGGCCUGACAAAGGCAUUACGUUUCUUCAAUUUUUCUCAAUGCAGGACAGGAGCUGCUGGGUCAGCACACAGAUGCCUCAUCAUCCAACUGUGUUUUCAUCCUUGUUGGACACUGUGCAGCUGUAUUGGUUAGCUAUGCAACAAAUACAACUGGCAUGCAUUGGCAUGGCACUGUCAUAUGCAACUCAAUGAACCUGCUGCAGGAAUCAGCAUCUCAGAAGCUGUUUAGUUUUGGCACAAAAUGAAGAAGAACGCUGUGAAACGCUUCCAAGCCGAAUGUCUGGUCUGUCGAUGACAGCUUAGGAACAUCCUUGAGCAGUGUAGGGGCCAUCAAGAUAUCAUGUAACCGCAUUUCCUUACCUUCCUUCAGCCACUCCCUUGGUGAGGACAGUGGACCGUGGUAGCAGACAGGGUAAAGAGGGCCUUCAUGUACAUGGAUGUCAACAAUGUGGUUCAUUACUGACACCCAUUUUGCCAGGCAGAGAUCCCCAUCAUCAGCGCUCGUUUUGGGGCACCAGUAGGCAUGCCGGACAAUACUUUCGAUCCACAGCUGCACCACUUGGUGCUUUGCUGUGCGACCGAGAGCAAGAAGUUUCUUCUUGAUGCCUGAUAUAAACAAAAAUGUAACAACAAACUGCAAGCUUUAUGUUCACUCUGAUUUCACCUUUGACAACAUGCCAGACAUCAAAUCGAUGCUUUAUGUGGGGGCACAGAUCUCGCAUCAUGGCUUUGAUUCCCGUAUGGCGAUCUGUGACGAGUGUCUCGACCACCAUAUCAUGCGCCUCGAGGAAUGCCAGACACACCUGUAGCCCAUGCUUUUCCAUUGCAUUGCUGCUUGCCACCUCUGUUACCUAGUAUAGUUAAAAGUAGUGAAAGGGAAACAAUCUAUCACCAAGUGCUCUAUAUAAAUUGAAUAACAUUUGAGAUAAAACUUUGCCAAAAAUUUGCAAUAAAAGAGCCCUUAAAGCUAGUGCACUCAAUACGUUUCACAUAAAUGCCCAAAGGUGUAACCAGUUUUUACCUUGACUAACUCAAAGUGCACAAUGCGAUUGGCAU